CAAUCUUAAUAAGAGAGAACUUGGCUACUAUUGAUAGGAAUAGUACUGUAGAAAAAAUAGUGCCCAUGGUAUUUUCGUAAUUGUUGUUUCAUUUGUGGGUUUUUGCAAAAAAAAAAAAAUAUAUGUUUUAUCUUUAACACCUCUGCAAAUUUUUCUUCUUCACUUUCACUUUUUACUUUCUAUGUUUUCAGUUUCGCAACAAAAAAAAAAACGAGAUUUCCUGUCAAUCUUUGCCCGGUGAAAGUGGAUAAUCUGAUCAUAAUCCAACAAAAAAAUCACACUAGACUAAUCCACUACAUCAACAACGCAAGUAGAGCUCAGCAUAACACAAUCGAAUUAGAGUCUUGUGGUUGGGUUUCUUGCAUUGUUGUUUGCUUUGAGGGCGCCGAUCGGGAACAGAGAGUCUUGGCUGAGUUUCUUGUGUCGUUGGUCCAUCGCCAGAAGCACAGUUUGGUCGAAGCAGAAACAUGUCGGAGGCCCUCCUCUUAUCACUGAUACAGAAGCUCGACACUAAUUAUCGAAGGCAUGAACCAAAUGACGAAAAGGUAAUUAAAGAGAUGCGAGAGAUUGUGGAUAUUGUGAGGGAUAAGAAAUUGGUAGAGGGGAGAAUCCUAAAUUUUUUGGUAUGUGACCUUGUCGACGUGGAUGAUGAUGCUCUCUACCUUUUCAAACAAGACGUAACCUAUCCUUGGAACUUUGACUCCGUGCAUAGUUGGAUGGGAGAGGUAAAAAAACGCAUGCUUAAACUGGGAUAUGAUGGGGCAGAGACAGAGUCCAACAUGAGAUCAUCACAAAAGGUUGAAGAUGAUGUAGAUGUGGUUGGCUUGGACGAAGAUGUGGAAAUGCUGCUUCGCAAAAGGAUUUUUGGUGAGGGAGAACACCGCCCGCCUGUUCUUAUCAAAGGGAUGGGUGGUAGUGGAAAGACAACUCUUGCCAGAGAGAUAUACAACCAUCCAACCGUCGUUGAGCGAUUCGAGCUUCGUCUUUGGGUAUCUAAUUCUAUUGACCUCACUAUGAAAGAGCUACUCAUCAAACUCGUACAACAAGUAGUUCCUGAGAAUCUCCAUAUAUAUAUCUUCCUUAUUGGAGAAUAUGGACAACCGAAGCCUCCGAGAUAUGCUUCGCCAACACCUGCAAGGAAAGAGAUAUCUUAUAGUUCUCGACGACAUGCCCAAACAAAUGCCCUUGAGGUCUUUAGGUGAAGCUCUUCCAGCAGGAUGUAUGUACUUCAUCUUUCUGCUUAUAAACAAGUCGUGUUGC